AUGGCGGACGUUGGGAAAGCGUCACCUGAGAAAACGUUGGAAGCAGCCGAUAAUUUUGACAUGCCUCCACCUUGCAUUGCAUCAAAACUCCAAGAGAAGGGGAAAACAGAUAAUGAAGGAUUAAAAAGAAAGUCUUCGAUGAAAGAAAAGAAGGAGACAACACCAGAAUUACCCUACAAGGUUCCCUCAUGGAGUGGGGUUCCUGAGGACUUGUACAGCUUAGAAGUUUUAAAGAACGGAUGUAUUAUCUCUAACAUCGAUCUUACUAGUAAACCGUUUCAUGUUUUUGGAAGACUUCCUAACUGCGACGUUAGUUUAGAACAUCCCUCGGUGUCUAGGUACCACGCAGUUAUCCAGUACAAGACCAGCGACAGUUCCAACAGCGAGAAAGGUUUUUAUAUCUAUGACCUCGGUAGCACACAUGGAACUACUGUAAACAAGUCUCGCAUUGAACCCAAACGCUACUACCGGCUGCGUGUUGGAUACGUGUUCAAAUUUGGUGGAAGUUCAAGGUUAUUUAUUCUUCAGGUAAGGAAAGACACUCAUUGAAAAAAGCUUAUAUGAAAAGAAGGUUUUUUUUUUUAACUGCGGAUAAAGAUAAUUAUGAAAGUGUACAGGAUCCUCGUAGUAGAAUGAACAACAUAAGUGGUUGAAAAAGAACUUGAAAAAUCUCAGGCUUUACUGGGAAUCAAACCUUAAACAUUGAGUGUGGUCAUUGUAAAGGUGACCAGGGUUCACUUCCUUGUCAAGCCUGAAAUUUUGCAGGUUCUUUUUCAACCGCUUAGGUUGUUCAUUCUACUGUGAAAUACAUGUAUCCCAGGGGGGUUACUCUGGAUUUCAUUUGACGUAGAUGAUCGAAUGAUGGCAGAAAUCAAAACCCCCAAAAAAUCAUUUGGCCAUUUGGGUAAAAUUGAACAGUAGGCACACUACAGUCGCGGACUGGUAGAAUCGCAAACAUUGGAAGAAUCAUAUAAUCAGAGAACUGUCCUUAGUAAAUAGUAAAAUUGGAGGAAAUCUGUAGUGCUAAUUAUAUUUUUGGAGAAGAAUACCCCUAGAUCAGUUACUGUGUAUGCUGUUUUCCGAUUUAGCACUUAUCCCACUGCUUCCAAAGUGAAUAACAAGUCAAGGGUUUGUAUAACUUUCAAGAAUUCUCCGAACCCUUUGAGUGUUAUAUAUUAGGCUAUGCAAACAAAUCUUUGUUGGUAAAUUUUAUCUCAGUGCAAGGCUCGACGUUACGGCCUGUGCCAAUGCGGCCAGCUUUUACUCAGUGGCAACUAAAUUCUAAUGCCUGGUCGCCAACCUGGCCCCCAAGAUAGGUGACUUUCUUCUUUGGGAAAACUUACACUAAUGAUGAUAAUUGUUUUCCUUUACAAAACUAACGGAUAGUUAACGGUUUUUCUAACGCUUUAACGUUUUGCCCAAAUGCUUUAACGGUUCGUCUAAAUGUUUUAACAAUAUUGUUUGUCUAAAUGCUUUAACGAUUUCUUUCAACACUCUAACGUAUUGUUCUUAUGAUCUAACAAUAUUGGUCUGUCUAACGUUUGACUUUUACUUGAAAGAGGAUUGUGAAAAUCACAAGUGAUGAAUCUGACGGAAGUCUUUUGGACUUUCGGGCAAAUCGAUCGCAAUUGUCAACAGGUCGUCCCAUGUUUCUCUGGGAAUGACUUUUAGCGCAGCGACUUAAAACAGUUUCUUUAUGUCAAACAUGUAUCUCAAUUGCAGACUCGAUAGCAGACUAGUCUGAUAAAAGCUUAAGCUAAUCGAGAACAAACGGGGCUUGUUUCUCGAGCUUCUUGUAAACAACUUUAAGCAAAUUUCUGUUGAGCAGGACAACCCAAAUAAAAGCUCGGCCGUAUUUUAUUGACUUCUAAUGAAGUACCAUUGAACUCAUGCCGUUUGUCUAACAGACUUCUCACGAAAUCAACUAAUUGCCCGAGAAGAUUAGUGACUUUUCUUCUUUCUGAAGACUUUCGAUCACGUGCUAGGUAACUGCGAAAUAGAUCAAGUUUCACCAAUGUUCAUUUCUGAACAUGCAAAUACGUGGGAUGCAAAAGAAAUUUUGCAGAUUUUGUUCUUUAAUAACCCAAAUAAGUUAUUUUGUGAUUCCUAAAGUUUGUUUAUCUAAAUGUGUAUUCCAUUGCUUGUAUACCUGUUUGAGGAGAUUUACGCUGGAGUGUGGGUUCAUUUUCCCGAACACCAGCUGGUAAUCAAGCCUAGAGUAAAAAGCAUUCGAGAGAAAGUUCAAAGGAAGUCUAAAGCAUUCUUUUUCUGUUAAGGCUAAGUAAAAGAUGUUACGUUUAUUUCAUUCUUUUAGUUCUUUAAUAUAAUUUUUGGUGACUAGAGUAGUAAUUGUUCUGGCGACCAAAAAUGAAAACUUGAGGGCCAGCUGACCCCAACAUUUUUUUCUGAAAGUCGAGCACUGCAAUGACAGGUUGUGACUUGAUUGAAAGCUUUCUUCUUAAGAAGGCAUCCACUUGGGCAAAUGAAACAAAGUCUAUGCCUCACGUAAAGGUGCAAAAAUUAUGCCUAAAUACUUGAUAUAUAAACUGUUUAAGCCACUUGUGAAUCUGAUAACAUAUUUUCACUAGGUUAUUAUAAGUAGCCACAAAACAUAAUAAGUGCUGUUCUGACUCCAACUCCAACUCCAUUGCAAGCAAAAACCAGCCGUUAGUUACCUUAAGAAGAUAGCUACAUCUGGAAUGUGAACACAAAGAUUUAAAAUAAAUUCUGGGAGAAAUCUUUGUUUGGCGUUCUCCUCUUUUUUGAAGGGGCCUGAGGAACCUGAAGAAGCAGACAUGGACCGAGCUCCAGCUGAACAAGUUGCUCCCAAAAGUGUCAGUGAAGUGGGACGUGUAAUGACUGAAGAAGAGUAUGAGGAAUGGAAGAAAGAAAAAGAGGGAAGCAAGGAACAUGAACAAGAUGGAGGAAUAGAUUGGGGAAUGGGUGAGAUAAAAACACUCAAAACCCUACCUCUAAACUAGUGCUGCAGCAGAAGCAAUCUAUUAUCUUUCUCUCUAAGUCUUUCAAAAUAUGAAAAUGUUAAAUUUUUUGAAGAAAGUGAGAAAGUGCCAAAAUUGAUGCAGUUUAUCUGUUGAUCCCUCUGCUAUAUUCCUAACUAAUAAGCUGAAAGCUACUAUCUGCUUAGGAAGUGGCUAUUCAUAUAAAACCUAAAGAUUGGCACUCUAUGACACUUGCUGUUGUUUAUUUAUACAGCACUGGAGUACAGAAACUGGUCAGUGGUUUGGGUUUUAAUCAUGUGUGACCUAAAUAGGCAAAUAACAAUGAUUUAUUGAGGUGUCAAAACAUUCAAAUUUUGUUUGCAGGAGAAGAUGCUGUUGAGGAACCUGCUUAUCCAGCUGAUUUUGGAGAUGUUGACAAGAACCCAGAGGAACAUCACUUUAAGGAUCCUAAAAAGACACUGAGGGGUUUCUUUGAAAGAGAAGGUCAGAAACUCAGGUUUUUGAAGUUAAAAAAAAACAGCUAAAAUGAUGGACAUUUGGGACACCAUCAAUUUUCUCCUAAGAAAAUCAAUACAGAAUCAAGAGAAAAGGUUUUGAGAAAAUGCUCUGAUCUUUUAUCAAAUUCUCUUAACUAAUUCUUUAAGAUUAUGUACAGAAAUCAGUCUGAAGAAUUUGCAUGUAGAUAUUGGGGCUUAAAGUAUUAAACAAAGUCUUUCAUUGUCCCAUUGUAUUAGUGAACCUCCAGAUUUUUUGGUGAUUUUUUUCGCAGUAUAACAUUGAUCUCAGAAAACUUCGCGUAAACAAAAUCACCAGCCGCCGAAACCACAAAGCGGCUCUAAAUAAAAAACCUACCGCCUCUCCGCAAUGAUUCUUCAUUCGCAGUUCAAUUUAGCAUUUCAGUUUCGAAGACAGGGGUAAUUUUGCUGUUUAAGAUAAAGAUUAAGUUUAUCGAAAUGUUUGAACUAAACGAAAGAAUGCCAGGGAUGCGAUCCCCUGAACAUCAAGAGACAAUCCCGGUAAAAUUUUUCAUAAUUAUACAUAAUUAUGCAAAUGUUUAGACAAUCAACCAAUUAAAAUCACUACCCAGUUUUUGGGUAGUGAGUGAUGUCACUGGCAUCAUUAACGGCCGGUUGAUUCAGACGUUGUUGAGACGAGAAAACGACUCAAAGCAAUCGGAUGAAUUUCAGGCUACAUAUAUAUGUGGCUACUUGAACCGCUAGUCUUUGUUUAAAAGACUCACCCGGUAUAUUUGAUGCCCUGGAGUUUAUCAACAGAAUAUAUUUUACAAUACUUGGACACCCACAUAAUACAGAAACUUUGGGCUGUGUCUCAAGUGUCCAUGUUAAGUGGUUUCCUCUGUAAUUUCUUGGUAGUGAUUAAUCUUUGCAGUAACCAUUUGUCUUAGGAUUGGAGUUAGAGUAUGAUGUUGAAGAAAAAGGUCCGGGACAUGCAAGAGUAUAUCAUUGCAAAGUCAAGUAAGUUCAAUGAAUUGUACACUCGUAUUUAAAGUGUGUAGUGUAGCGUUUCUGUGGUGUAGGUGCAGUCAUACAGUAGGCUUACACUAUUUUGUAUUAAGAAUACACUGUCAAACCUCCAUGUGAAGCCACCUCUCUUGAGCGACCACUUCCCAUAAGCAACCCACCCCACCUAUCCAAAACGACAAUAUUUUCUCAGUCAGUUUGCUAGAGGCACAUGUAAGACCUCUUGUUAAGUGACUGAGAGACAGUGUAAGAAUUUUCCUUUUUUUUUUCCACAGACUUAAACAUAAAAACUGCAUGACAUGUCUCUAUAACAUGAUUUUAGAAAUACAGUGUCAUUCACACCAAUUAAGAAAAAAGAAAUGUUUUUCUUGCCGGCUGAGCUUGCAAAAGAGGCAAGAAAAGAAGUCCUAGAUGCUCGCACUGAAUAGAACCUGGGCCCGAGUUACAAUUUAGGGUAUCAGUUUUCAUGCUCAUCAUGUUAUUCAGUUUUGUUUCUUGCCAAACAGUGCAACAGUGUUUUCCCACCCUCCAGCCCUUUGCCAGUUAAAAAAAAGAAUGUGAGUUAGACUGACUACAGUGUAUUAAGUUCAGGAAGGUUUUUCUAUAUUUUCCUUGUUUGUUGUAAAAUGUUUGUGAUGGUUGUGAUUAAGGUGCUGUUGUAUUGUGUGGCAGACAAAUAGCAUUCAGUGUGUGAGAAUUAAGUUAUACCUAGCAGUGGCAGAUCUGGGGAAGGGCUCACUAGUCCCCCUUUCGUUAACUAAAAACAAAGUUGUAAGGCCAAGGUACUGAAAACUGAGGGCGGAGGGUGCUUCCCCCUUUACCUCAAGGGUUAGCUCUGCAUUUGUAUAAUUACACACAGUAUUUCUUUCUCGUUCAUAGACUUCCCAUUGAUGGUCCAAGUGGAGAGCCACUGUACGCUGAAGCUGCUGUUGCUGGAAAGAAGAAAGAUGCUGUGCUUGAAUGUGCCUUGGAGGCUUGUAGAAUGUUAGAUGCUUCAGGGCUUCUGAGGCAAUCAUCACAUGGUAAUUAUAAUGCAGUGGUUGCUGAGUAAUCAGUGUUUUCAGUGACAGCCUUUUGUCUUUACAGGGGUUUAAUAAUAGUGUAAUCCUUGGUAGACUACCAGUCUUACAAUGUAGACUCUUGAAUUGAAGCUGGUAGGUUUUGUUUACAUGUACUUCCAUGUAUUUCCCCAAAAAUGCCCUCCAAGCAGAGGUUUUCUUUCUGGCAUGGCUUUUCAGUAUUUGUAAAGUCUUUUGCAUGGCUUGUCAGUUGCGUAGUUGGUUUGUUUGUGCCCCAGUAGAAAUGGGGCUUAUUAUUAAACCAACUACUUUGUAAAUGCUAAAAGACAUGCCAGAAAGAAACCGCUUCUCACAGGGUACCCCAAACAGUUCUCCCCACUGUCUUUCCUCCAAGUUCAGUUUCAUCUCCACCUUUACAUAUUAGGCUUUCUUGACAAAGCUCCUUUAACCUGGCUUUCACAAGCAACAAGCACAAGCUGAACAGGGAGCACAGACUUAAAUAGUGGGUGCAGGAAACAAGCAAGAAAUCUUGGUGGUGGUGGGGGGAAUGCAGGGCUAAAGAAGUGGUGGUGGUUGUGGUGGGGGGGAUGCAGGGCUAAAGUAGUAGGGAGGGGCACCCCAUGUUACCUAGAAUAGGGAGCUUUAGCAACGAUGACAGUGACGGCAACAAGGACGUCAAAAAAGCAAUAGGUUUAUUACGCAAAACAACAACUUUGCACGUGUCACGCUUUUUUGUACAUUUCUUUACCAUCCUUGCACGACUACGACCUGAAAAUGCCUAAUUGCAAGUUUUAUGGAGGACAUAAACAAGCGACAACAAAUCUCUUUUUCUCUCUCUAAACUUGAGUGCAGUCCUCAAGAAAUCAACUCCAGGAAAUUUGCCUACACUUGUCAUUUUCAGCAAAUUGGAAUAAAGGCGACAAAGAUUGAAAAGACAGGAAUUCAUUUUAAUACUGACGUUUUUGCUGCCGUUGCCGUCGUCGAUGCUAAAGCUCCUUAAUAUCUUCAAAAGAAACGGUCUUGAGUGACCAGGGCUUGCUUAUGUUCCUGAGAUAUUUCACCUCUUUACAGCUUUCUGGUUGAGUUCAUAUUUGACAGUAAAGUGUAAAAUGUGAAUCCUACCUGUCAAAUGAAGAGUCACUGAGAAGCUGAGACCCAUGGUUUAAAAUCAGAAGUUAAUGGCAAAAAGUUGAAGACAGUGACAUAGGAAGGAAAUGGAAAAAAAGACUUUGGACUGAUCGCAUAAUGCUUCCACGAUUUUGAGAUCAGAUAUAUAUUAUUAUAAUUUUUUUGCAACCUGUGAUUUUCUAGCAUUUUGUAGCGUUUACCAUUCCUUAACUUACCUUGUUUAUCUGCAUAUGGCCCUUUUUACUAUGUGGUGUAUGAAUGAUUGAGAAUGUAAUAUUUUAAUAUGGCUCUUAUUUUGUGUAUGAUAAGCUCAAUGGAUUUAUGUUGUUCGUCUUAGAAAGUAAAAAGCACAAAGAGAAGAAUUGGGAAGAAAAUGAUUUUUAUGACAGUGAUGAAGACACAUUCUUGGAUAGGACUGGAUCAGGUUGGUAAAUUCAGCUAAUGCAAAAAAUUAUAAGAAAAAUGUUAUCAUUAUGUAGGUGUCAAUCUUUGGACAGAGAGAGGGGGCAGGUGGGGGGGGGGGGUUGAGGGCAAAGGUGGGGCAUUUGAAUUUUUUAGAAUUUUUUGGUCAGAUUCCCCACCCUUUAGACUGGAAAAUUGUUCAAAUCCGAUAACAUAUCCCUUUCUGCGUUUAAGAAAACUGCAGUUUGGGGCAAAAUUUGUGGUCAAAAUCCCCAGGAUUGGGACAAAGGAAGUGUUCAAAUGUCGCACCUUUGCCGUACCCCCCGUCUCCGUCUAAACGUAUUUGUACCUGCAUCACAGGGCUGUGCUGUGGCAGAGCCUGGUGGCUGUCGGUGCCCAACUUUUGCUCUUGGGUGACUAGAAAAUCUUAGUUUUUUCAUACAAAUCAUAUGCUGGUCACCCUAGAUUUUACAGGUUCAGAGCACUGGGCUCCCUUCAAUUUUCCUUAGAGCACAACCUUGCAUUACACUGACAACUGAAGUACUUGAGAGAUUGCUUAUCGUGACUACUCAAAUAUUGCUUAAAGAUUAUCAACCAGGCAUAGAAUACAGUGAUGAAUGAUGAUUACAGAUUUAAGACUUGUCAUAAACUUGAUUGGAUAAGUCAGUAUAUGUUCUUUGUUUUGGUAGUGCUUUUUGUGUUGCAGACUAGCUAGUCCGAUCACCAAAUUAUGUAAUACAAAGGAUUGAAAGACAGGAAACAAUACCCAGACCAUACCUAAUAGGCUUAAACCAACAACAGUUUUUGCAACAUCGUAGAAACACCCUUUGCUUUCAUCAAUUCAGUGCCUUCCAGAAUGGUAUGGGUUCAAAUCCCGGCAUUAACACCAUAUGUGGGUUGAGUUUGUUGUUGGCUCUCUCCUUUGCUCCAAGAGGUUUUUCUCCAUGUACUCCGGUUUUCCCCUCUCCUCAAAAACCAACUUUUCCUAAUUCCAAUUCGACUAGAUAUUAGGUAUACGAAGGACCAGUCAGUGGAUGUGCUUCCUCUAAAUUGUUAUUUAUUUAUUUAGUUAUUUAUUUAUUUUAAUCACCAAGUAGCAAUAAUAUUACUUCAUGCCGAUUUUAAACUUGAAAGCCUUAUUUAUUAAUAAUUAACUGUUAACAGCAGUAUACUGUCAAAUCGUCAGUUUUAAUUUAUUCCUGUAGUUGAAAAAAAGAGAAUCCAAAGGAUGAAGCGUGCUGGUAAAGAUCAGCCAACCUUGGAAACUUAUGAAACAUUGGUGAGUUAUUUGUCAUUCUUACAUACACAUAGUGUUAUUACCUUCUCUGUUCAUCUUCAGUAAUGAAUGUUGUUGUUUUAUUGGACCCCUAAGGCUCUUUCUCAGUGAUACAAAAAAUGGGCAAUUUUAUAAAGUAUACUAUUCUAUAAACUAAGAUUAAAUUAUGGUUUGUUUAGACAGUUAAGCUUAGAGCAUUGGACAGUGAAAUUCAUGAGUGUGAAAAUAAACUCCAACAAGAUAUGGCUGGUAAGCUCUUAUAACUUAUCCUUUUUGUAUUCAAAAUAAUCUGUGGGUUGCGAGCACAAUACCUGAUUUCCAAGGGCAAUGUCAAACUGCAAUCAGUGCCAAACAAUAAGUAGAGACACUUUUUGCCCUAAAGGCCCUUUCCGUUGUUUUGUGGCCUUCAAAAAGGGUAAAUGAAGCUUUUCCUUCUCCACCCCCCUCUAUGCAAUGUUGUGCUGCUGUUUGAGGCACCUGCAGGGGACAAAACAACACCCCAACUUUGAAUGGAGCAGAGUCGGGAGGGGGUGGGGGUGGAUUUUGAUUGUUUUGUUCUCUGAAGCAACUCCAUUUGAGGACAAUGUCUCAACAAUUUUGUCAUGGAUUGUGAUCUCCGGAUUAAUCAAGGAUAGUGUUAUCAGCAGAGGCCAAAGGCUGAGGCUGUUAACACUUACAGAGCCCUUGAUUAUUCCAGAUGCCAAAAAAUCCUCUUACCCUGUAUUCAGUAUUUACAUAGUAUCAUUAAUUUUGUUGUCAUAUUUGUUUGAAGCUAAGAGUGGAUCCAACUCUGAAGUCUCUGCAGACUCUUUGGAUGAUUACAUGAGCUCCCUUGGAACAACUAUGGAUAAGACAUCUAGAUCACAGAUAAGAAGAAAAGUGUUUGACCUAAAAAAGGUGCUUUUUAAUUCCCCAAAAUCCUUUUUUAAGUCCCCCUCCCAAAUAAUCAGGGUUAUAAAGUUAUUAACCCCCCCCCUCUCUCUUAUGCUUCCCUCCACUCCCCCUUAUUCUUAAAUGAUAGACAGUAUUAAUACACUUCAUGCAGACUGAUCCAGCAUGAUUCAAUUUGCUGAAAGUUAGGAUUCGUUUUUGAUCUGUGACUGGGGUAAUAAUAAGAAGAUAAUAUUUUUGCCUUGUCAUGUAGCAAAGAGAAAGAAAGAUCCAGAAAGACUUAUGUCUCACGAAGAAAAGUUUCAAGAGGGUGUGCUUGGAUCAGUAAACACAAUUUGUUUUCAGAGUCAUAUUUGAAGUCAUUACAACAAGGGGUGACUUAGUAAAGCCUCUUAGUUAACUUUGAUAAACUGCUUAAAUUCUCCUACCUAUCUGCUAUGCAUAUGCUUUUGAAUGAGAGGGAGAAUUUGAUAUGGAUCAGGAUUCACCUGGGGACUUAUUGCACUCAGUCACUCACUGUUUAUUAUUAUGGGGUUGAGAUCAUGUGGGAGAUUGUUGGGGCAGGCAAGGCUCAAUGGAAUUACUGGUAUUGUAGAUAAAUGGUUAUAGUCAUUUAAUCAGAUUAUUAAAUAAUUAUUUCCACCACAUUUCAUAACAAGUUCCAGGGUAUUGAACAUUAAGCAUCGGAGAUCAGAGAAUUCUCUGUUUACUAUGCAGAAUUCUUCGUUAAAUGUUUGGUAGCCUAUGAAUAUUUUUUUAUUCAGACGUAGCCUCUUUCAAAAAAUAUUCUCCUGUAACAUUACACGUUUCUCCUGAUACAAGCAAUUCGUAAGUUCUCUUUUGUUCAUCUGCAGGAAAGGCAAAGUCUUGUGAAACUUUUGAAUGUGGCUAAACCAGCAAGUCUGCCUCCAGUUGCAGAGUAAGUGUUAAUGAAACUCAUUUUAAUCUCUCAAACCCCUUGCAGCCAGGUGUGAUGUGUUAUUCUGACUGUUAAGAAUGUGAAAAAUAAAGUUCUUUACUAUGACACAUCAAAUUAAACCUAAAUUAAACCUGGUUUAUCAAAUAAGAGGUUGGUGCAGUAAUAGUUUCUUCAUACAACAGUUAUCUCAUUGAGCUCCAGGUGAGCAGGUGAGAGCAGGGUUUCCUGUGGCAUAAAUGCAUGCACUUUUACCCCACCUGCAGACAAACAUCAACCUACCUAAUUAGGUGGUAUCUAUAGUAAGCAUGCUGUAGUAUUAUUAAAAAAUAAAAAGCUUAUUUUGUCUUUAACAGGUACUUUUCAGUAGUUUCUAAAAAAAUGUCUUUGCAUUUAUCCAGGUCACCUUCAAAUGAAUCAGUUGUUAAAAAUAGUAAGUAUUUGAAGAUAUUAAUAUUUUAAAUCUGAGGCCAUGACGUCUGUAACUGGGAUAGUCUGAUCACUGUAAAGCAAGGAUCAUUGCUUUAUUUUGAUAUCUCAGAAAUAUCAGUGUUCUUAUCUCCUUUAUCCUCGUUUAGGUGGGGUAGUUACAAUGACAAAGUCUGAAACAAGUGAUUGUACAUCAACACCGACUGUAGAGCAAAAUACAGAUUCUCGACAUGAAUCAGUUGCUUUGAUGGAAGGAAAACAAAAGGAUGAAAGUUUGUCCAGGGAAAGCUCAGUAUCUUCUGCAAGAGUCAGUGAUAAAAACAGUCCAGAAAAAGAACAAGAAUUUGCUGUUCCUGGUUUGCCUUCUUUAACCAGAGGAAAAAAUAAAACAUCUAAAACAAUUUUAACAGAGGAGAAGGUAGUGGAAGAUAAAGAGACUAAUAUUAAGGAAAAGACUAAAGAUUCUGCAAAAGCUGAUGAAGACAAGAAAGAUGAAAGAAAAAGAGUUGGGUCGAGUGUAUCAGCAGAUGUGAAGGUCAAGGAUUUAAAUGAGAAGCCUGAAGAAAAUGUAAGCAUAAACAGUUAUAUACUUGUACAUUACAUGUACCUCACACUUGCAGCUUUUAGGUGUUACAGGUCAAAUUUUAUUUUAGGUUAA